AUGGGAGGCGGCUGGUGGUGGGCUCGGGCUGCCCGCCUCGCCCGACUCCGCUUCCGGGGGGCGCUGGUGCCGCCACAGCGGCCCCGGAGCGGGGGCUCCCGGGGGCCCUUCGUCCCCGGGCACAGCCCUCGCGCCGGGGUUUCGCCGCCCCCGGUAUCCGAACUGGAUCGCGCGGACGCCUGGCUCCUCCGGAAGGCGCAUGAGACAGCCUUCCUCUCCUGGUUUCGAAAUGGCCUCCUGGCGUCCGGGAUUGGAGUCAUCUCCUUCAUGCAGAGUGACAUGGGUCGGGAAGCCGCCUAUGGCUUCUUCUUGCUGGGCGGCCUGUGCGUGGUCUGGGGCAGCGCCUCUUACGCCGUGGGCUUGGCUGCCCUACGGGGGCCCAUGCAGCUCUCGUUAGGGGGCGCCACCGUGGGAGUGGGGGCCGUGCUGGCCGUCAGCCUGCUUUGGGCCUGCGCAGUCGGCCUCUACAUGGGCCAACUUGAGCUGGAUGUGGAACUGGUACCUGAAGAUGACGGGACAGCGGAAGGCCCCGACGAGGCUGGCCGGCCACCACCUGAGUGACUGCAGCCGCUGGCCCUGCGGGCAGGACAGCCUGGGGCCCGCAGGCCUGGACAUUAAAUUCUGACCCACCCUUCCA